GACUCCGCUGAGGAAAGACUCUGUUCUCGAGAACAUGCCUUGUCUUCACGGAAACAGGCCUGAGACAGAGCCAGAAAACACUGAGCUUUACUGGUCCAGUUACAUCCAGCCCACUUGAUCCGGGAAUCACUGAAGAGGACUUAAAGAAGGAAGGAAGGAAGGAAGGAAGGAAGAAAGAAAGAAAGAAAGAAAGAAAGAAAGAAAGAAAGAAAGAAAGAAAGAAAGAAAGAAAGAAAGAAAGAAAGAAAGAAAGAAAGAAAGAAAGAAAGAAUGAAAGAAAGAAAGAGACGAUGAAAUUCAUGCACAUCUUUUUCUUAAUGUUAUAGUGACAGUUUAUGCCUUCAUGUGCUCAGUUUUUCUCCAGCUGUUGGAUCGUGUUGUGAGGAUUUAGAACAACAAACACUGCCUGGAAAUGAUGAUCUGUUUAAAUUGAGAGCACUUCAAACAAUGUUUAUGAUCAAAUGCAACCUUUUAUAUUAUUCAAUUUAUUUCCUAAAAACCAAAUUUGCUUUUGUUGAUUUAAGAUUUUCCUGGAUCGUUAUGCUUUGUAUAUUUUUAUUUUUGGGAUCCUGAACUACUCUGCAUCAGCUUGCCAUCAGGACUCCUGCAGCAGGGUCAUGAUGCACCAGCUGUUUAGUCAGGUGUUGGGUCAGAGGGACCUGUCCAGAGCAGGAGAUCUCUUCUCGCUUGGCGAUAUGGAAAUCGAAGACUGUUUGUCUCAAGCUUUGGACCAGAUCAAGACAAUCUCCUGCUCACCGGACUACUUGACCAAUGACAACGACCAGGCUGUGGUGGAGAUUUGCAUAACACGCAUCACUACAGCUAUCAGAGAGACCGGCUCCAUCGAGCGGCACAGCACAGCACUGGUGGGACUGUGGGAGUUGUGUCUGGAACAUAACCUCACUCCUCAAGGAGAAAACACUGAAGACACGCCACACGCCAAGAUAGCCUCUGACAUCACCAGCUGUAUCUUGCAGAACUACAGCUGUCCCUCAGUCAUGGCCCUGGCUGUCCCGGUGGCGGUUCGUUUCCUGCUGAGAGGCAACAGGGAGCUGAGCAGGAACAUGUCCAGUUACCUCUCCCUGGCUGCUAUAGCUAAGGCCGAUCUCCUGGCUGAACACACAGAGGCCAUAACAGUCAGUGUGCUGGAAGGUAACCACAUGUUGUUACGAGUGCUGCCCUCAGUCUACCCCAAACAGCCAGACACCAUCCACCAUCACCUGGGCAACCUUACUGCAAUGAUGUCACAGCUGGAAUCACCAGAGCAACAGCAUCUGAUCCGACUUAUUCAAAUGGUUGCAGAGCAACAUCCACUUAUGCUGAGUACUCACGUGCCCACACUGGUCAACUACCUGAGCGACAAAUCUCUGACAGAGGCUCUGUUGGGCUCUCUUGUGGACGUGUCACAGGCCAGCCCAUCGUCUUUUGUCAGCUUCCUGCCAGCACUGAGGAUGGUGGGUCAGCAGUCUACUGCUUUCCUGGGUCAUGUGGCCAAAAUCCAUGGUGCUGUAGGCAUCAUCAGUGAGGCUCAUGCUUAUAGCUCAUUAGUCUACCUGGUGUCCCUUCUGGGCAGCAUGGAGCACAGCUUUCACCACACCCUGCUGCUGGAGAUCAGAGCUCUGACUGAUCGUUACCCGGCCUUAUUGGGAGGUUGUGGAAAAGACAUCUACAGGAUGAGCAACUCAUUCACUGCUAUAGCCAGACUGCUGGGAAGACGACUAGAGGACAAAACAGCCACUCACAGCAGGGUGGAUGAAGCCUGUUCAUCUCCUCGCACAUCUCUUCCAGCAGGUAGAGGAGGAAUAGGAGCUUCAGACCAGCGGCUAAAAGUGAAGAGCUUUGAGGAGAAAAUGGGGGAGUUAGGAGAGGAGGAGGAAGUGGUGGAAGAUUCCCCGGCUCCUCAGCGACGCUACAGUCUGAACCAAGCCGUCAGGGAGGAGAGACGUGAGAUGAGGUUCAACAGGUCAAAGAGCCUGGCUCUUCAUGUUGUGCGAUCACGCUCCAUAAACUCCGACACUGGGGAGGAUGGUGAAGGAGCAGAGCCAAGCCCAGACGAUGCCUUUUGCAGUACUUUGCCUAACCUGCACUCAGAAAACCAGGAAGUAUUACCUGCUGAGAGGAAACUGGCAGGUGACAACUCCCUAACUGUCACUGCUCCACUAAUCGCAGGAGACAAAGAUGCUGAGGACUGUCAAAGUGAAGAGACGAACAAAGGGAAAGAAGAGCAGGAAGAGGCCGACAGACUUUUCAUCCAUUUAAGAGACAAUAUGGAGAAGAUCAGAGAAUUCUGGAAAGAGAUGGUGCAGCAGAUCCCAAUACCAGAGCAGUGUCUGAUAGAAGAUUCAAAUCGAGGGUGUGUCGCCAAGCUCUCAUUCUCCUGCCCUUUGAAGGGCCACUACUGCCUGUACGCCAAGUCCUGUUUCAACCUUACCAGUCGACAGCCUCAUCUGUGGAUUCACAUCAUGCUGCUACAUCUACAGAGUAAAUCCAGCAUCCCUCUGUGCACCACAGACACAUAUGUCCAAAGACUGGCUUCUCUUUGGGAGAAGACACAGCUUAAAGGAUCUCACAGCUUCUCCAUGGCCAUGACACAACACACCACCCCACACAGGAAGGAUCUGGACAACCUUCAGAUCCAGCUGGAGGAGGUGCGUUUCUUUGACCUGUUUGGAUACAGUGAGGAGGAGGGAAGUUGGCUCUGCUUCAUGUGCAACAACCCUGAGAAGGCCACAGUUGUGAACCAAGAGGGGCAGCCGCUGAUUGAAGGGAAACUGAAAGAGAAGCAGGUCCGCUGGAAGUUCAUUAAACGCUGGAAAACCCGCUAUUUCACCUUAGCAGGAAAUCAGCUACUCUUUCGCCGAGGCAAAUCAAAAGAUGAGCUGGAUGACAUCCCUAUUGAGCUGAGCAAGGUGCAGAGUGUCAAGGUGGUAGCCAAAAAGCGCAGAGAUCGGGGUCUGCCACGGGCAUUUGAGAUAUUCACCGACAGUAAGACAUACGUGCUGAAAGCUCAGGAUGAGAAACACGCUGAAGAGUGGUUGCAGUGCAUUAAUGUGGCUGUGGCUCAGGCCCGAGAGAGGGAGAACAGAGAGGCAACCACAUACUUAUGAGACUGACCAGCACCAACAGAUUACAACAUGGAUGCAAAGAAAGGCCAGAAAAGGCCAGAAACACUGCCACUAACACUUCAUCAACAUUACAGCUUUGUGUCUGUAAUCUGUCUGUAACCAUCUUCAAUGUUGAUGAUGGAGAGGUAUCGUCAAGAUGACUUAUGCAGUAUUGUUUUUAGAAUAAAGACUCAAAACCAGCAAUAAAAGACUGAGUAUCCAAUAAGCAUCUACUCUUACAUGUCAUGACCUGCUUAAAUGUGAUGCACAUGCUACUGUGGAUCAAAAAAAUAAACAUACAGAACAAAAACAGAACUGGUUGUUGGCAUAGGACGUGGUGCAAAACAUGUAGCAUCAUGCAGCAUCCAAGCAAAAGUUUUGGAAGCACAGAUACUCAUCCCUGGGAUGCUGCCUGUUAGCAAUGGUUCCAGAAAUUUACAUGAUAAACCGCACUGUGGCACCAAAACGAGUCAUAAAUGCAGAGUUUUAAGAUGGGAAAGUAACAUAGUUCUUCUUUAGGUUUGUUAACUGACUGAACCAAACAAUACAUAUUAAUAUUCCUCGUCUGGAAUUGAACGACCAAAUAAAGCCAACAGAGAAGACUUGAGAUUUUAAAAUUGAAUGAUGAUGACCAAGAUCUUUUUUUUUUUUUCGUGUCAUACGGAGAAACAAACACAAUAAUCGCAGAUUUCUUUCAGACUUUUUGCAAUAAUGUGAGUGGAAAGUUUCUCUUUGAAGCAGGAGCCUAAUAAGUUUCAGAUGAGGAUAUUCUCUGGAAAUGUGUGUCUGAACGUAAAGGAAAGAUAAUAUAAUGUGAGGAAAGGCUUCAGCAUUUCAGGACAUACCCUUACACACUUUCUUUGCAAUGAAUUAGGUGUGAUUUACACCAACUUUCAAAUUACUGUUUGUUAAACAUUAAGCUUCAAUCAGAGGACAGUUAGCUAGCUAGCUACACUAAGCUAUGUAGCAAGCUAGCUAGCUUAGUGUAGUUUGGGUAUUUCCUAAGAUUGUCAAACUCUUUGCAGUCGUUAUGGUUUAUAUGUGAAAAAUGGAUACACCUAUUUAACCAUGAAUGUCUGAUUAAAUCUGUGUUAUGUCUUAUGUCAGAUAUUGUUUUCCAUCACUAACCAAACCUACUUCCUGUUAAAUUCUUGUACUUAAGUUACUUGAAACUAGACUAAAGAAUCAAUACAGUGCUCAAAUUUC